AUGCUCAGUUCUUUCACAAACGUUUACGGCUCUUUUCCUAAUAUUCAAGCUCGUAUAAAUAAUAUGGCGGGCACUCAAGCAAGCAUCGUGGGAACGUCAGGCUCUGGAGCACGAUUUCAGAGCUUGAGCGAUUUUGAAAGAGAGCAAGAUGAAUUGCAAGCUCAGAUUGAUCAAGAUAAUCUCAAUGCACAACCCACAAGAUCUCGUGCCGGCUUACCAGCCGCCAGUAGACCUAGAACUGUGCCAGAUGUUAGUGGUGUCCUGCUUGAAAAUCAAGCAUUGCAAGAAAUGGGCAGCACAAAUUGGGUAGGAAAACUACUGGAGUACCACCAAGCCAACAACAUCGUUCCACCGCCAGAGUAUAGAGACGAACAAGUCUCCGAACAGCGAUUUCGCUAUUCUGUAGUCAUCGUACAGAAUACCGAGUCCUUCACCACUUUAGCAUCCUUCAGCAACAAAAAAGAUGCCAAACAAUUCAUCUCCAAAGUCGCCAUCGAUUGGCUUAUAUCACAUAACUUCAUGCCCUCUAACGGCGCCGUCAGAUUUCCCAAGACCCCAAUUGCCUCACCAAUUCUCGAUGCCCGAGAGAGAAGCACUUCCCCAACACCCUACCCUAGUCUCGUUCCCGGCCUCUGCAUUGCCCUUGGUUUCAAUCCUCCCGCUUAUAAACUCACGCGCAUGUCAGAAGGCGCGGCAUUUUGGGAAAUUUAUGCAGAUUUUGGAUCUGAUCCCCGAGCUGAUGGCCCCAUAGGAAAACUCACAAACAUUUACGGCAAGCAGAAAGCCAAAGAGGCUUGUGCAAAAGAAGUUUUCAAGUUCUUGAAGGCGAUUGAGAGAUUGAAAGAAGCUGACAUUGUAGCUCAGCAGGGAGAGGAGAGGAGAAGCGAGGAGCCUCAACCUCAGCAUGAGGACUCGGAUUCGAAUGAAAGUAGUCAGUAUAGUGUCGUUGCUGGUAUUUAA